AGAUGCCUUCAAGCUUACUCGUACAUUGGCCCAUCAUGACCUUCUCCUGCGUAAGGGUGUCUACCCCUACGAGUACAUGGACUCCUUUGCUCGGUUUGAUGAGACACAGCUGCCACCUAAAUCAGCAUUUGAGUCUAGUUUGACUGGAGAAGGUAUCAGUGAUGCUGACUAUGCUCAUGCUCAGAACGUAUGGCAGACAUUUGAGUGCAGUACAAUGGAGGCCUAUCAUGACCUCUAUUUGCAAACAGAUGUCUAUCUUCUAGCAGAUGUCUUUGAGCAUUUCCGCAAGACGGCAUACAAGACGUAUGGCUUGGAUCCAGCUCAUUACCUUACUCUCCCAGGAUAUGCAUGGGAUGCUCUACUACGGUUCACCCAGAUUGAACUGCAGCUGCUCACGGAUGUAGACAUGCAUCUGUUUGUCGAAGCCGGUCUACGUGGGGGCGUCUCAAUGGCGUCGCAGCGGUACGGCAAGGCCAACAACCCAACGAUGGAUCAGUACAAUCCUGCCGAGCCCACAUCAUACCUGCUAUACCUUGAUGCCAACAACCUGUAUGGCUGGGCUAUGUGCCAGAGUAUGCCGACAUCUGAGUUUGCCUGGUGUGACAAGAACCUGUCCGAGAUACUGGCACACCCUGUAGAUUCGAGCACUGGGUUCAUUGUGGAGUGUGAUCUUGAGGUACCCUCUUCGCUACACCACUACUUCAAUGAUUAUCCACUCGCACCGGAAGUGAUGAGAACAUUCUCAGAUAAGCUAUCACCAUACCAACAAGCACUUGUGGAGGAGCUCAAAGUGUCAGCCGUAGAUGGAGUCAAGUUGACACCCAGUCUCCUACCCAAGUCCAAGUAUGUGUUACACUACCGUACACUGCAGCUGUAUUCGCGUCUGGGCAUGGUGGUGACCGCUGUUCACCAGGUGUUGGGAUUUCAGCAGAGUGCCUGGAUGGCUCCCUACAUCAAUCUGAACACUGCACUUCGCACGAGGGCUACAACCGACUUUGAGAAGAGCUUUUACAAGCUGAUGAACAACUCAGUCUUUGGCAAGACGAUGGAGAACGUUCGUAAUCGAACACGCAUCGAUCUCUUGCGAGAAGAAAGUGAGGAGCAGGUACUGAGGGCAGUGAGCAAGCCUACAUAUGUGCGGCAUGACAUUUCCCGAACGGGCUUGUCGGAAUAG